AUGGCAGACACGGUUGUAGACAAGGCUGAGCUGGGCAAGGUAUUCUCGCCAGACACUCCGCUGGAAGGCUUCACGCAUCAUGCAGAGGAUAUCACGGCUGACCGGGAGCCGUAUGGCCCGCCGGGGUUGAGAGGUCUGGUCAGCAACCCGUUUGUGUUGAUGUGUGCGGCCUGUUCCACGCUGGGUGGUCUCGUCUUUGGCUAUGAUCAGGGUGUCGUCUCGGUCAUCCUGGUGAUGGACCAGUUCUUGGAGGAGUUCCCGCGGGUCGGGGGCAGCGGUGCUGGAUUCUGGAAGGGACUAUUGACCGCGAUGAUUGAACUGGGUGCACUGCUGGGCGCUCUAAAUCAAGGCUGGAUUGCCGACAAGAUCUCCCGUCGAUAUUCCAUUAUCGUGGCUGUCGUCAUCUUCACCAUUGGGUCGAUUCUUCAAACUGCCGCGGUGGGAUACCCGAUGCUCGUGGUGGCUCGAUUGAUUGGAGGUUUGGGAAUAGGAAUGCUGUCCAUGGUGGCUCCCCUCUAUAUCUCUGAGAUCAGUCCCCCAGAAUGCCGUGGAACGCUGCUUGUCCUCGAAGAAUUCUGUAUCGUGCUUGGUAUCGUAAUAGCUUACUGGAUCACGUUUGGAACACGAUACAUGGCCGGUGAAUGGUCGUGGCGUCUGCCCUUCCUCUUGCAGAUGAUUCCCGGCUUCAUCCUCGCGGCCGGUGUGAUCGUCCUCCCCUUCUCACCACGAUGGCUCGCCUCAAAGGGUCGCAAUGAGGAAGCACUCCAAAGUUUGUCCAAACUACGUAACCUGCCAGCCUCGGACAGGCGCGUGCGCCAAGAGUACAUGGAAAUCUUAGUCGAGGUCCGAUUCCACCAGGAAAUGAAUGUCGAAAAGCAUCCGAAGCUACAGGGCGGCGGCAUCAAGAACUCGAUCCUGCUGGAGAUGGCCUCUUGGGCGGAUGUCUUCAAGAAAGGCUGCUGGCGCCGAACUCACAUCGGUAUCGGCAUCAUGUUCUUUCAACAGUUUGUCGGGAUCAAUGCCUUGAUUUACUACUCUCCGAGUUUGUUCAAGACGAUGGGUUUCGACACCAACAUGCAGCUUAUCAUGUCGGGCAUCUUGAACGUGCUGCAGUUGGUAGGUGUGACGACUAGUGUCUGGACGAUGGAUACUCUGGGUCGCCGGAAGCUCUUGCUUGGCGGGUCGGUUUUGAUGGCCAUCUCACACAUUGUCAAUGCAAUCCUAGUCGGUCUGUUUGGCUCGAACUGGGAGGGACAUCGGACGGAAGGAUGGGUCAGUGCAGCAUUCUUGCUGUUCUACAUGGUCGCUUUCGGAGCUACAUGGGGCCCUGUUCCAUGGGCAGUACCCUCUGAAAUCUUCCCAUCUUCCCUCCGAGCCAAGGGUGUCGCCAUCUCUACUUGUUCAAAUUGGUUGAACAACUUCAUCAUUGGUCUUAUCACCCCUCCUUUGGUGGAAGACACGGGCUACGGGGCCUACAUAUUCUUUGCUGUAUUCUGUGUGCUCUCCGGCAUUUGGACAUUCUUCUUCAUGCCGGAGACUAUGGGUCACACACUCGAGCAGAUGGACCACGUGUUCAAGGAUAACUCUAGCGAACAUGAGCGGGAACGUAGACAUGCUAUCGAAGCGAGUGUGUUAGCUGAACGCGAAUAUGCUUGA